CUUCCUUUCUUUCUUCCAUGUCUCAAUGUCUUUCUAGGAAUAAAAAAGCCAAAUUGGCAGAAGAAUACAAUCAAUUACUAAAAGAACUUUCUUCUCCAAAAAUAAAAUCCAUUGGAUGUUAUUCUCUUCAUGAAACUAUUGGAAGAGGAAGCUAUGGAAAAGUAAAGCUAGGUGUUCAUCAGUUAACUGGAAAGCUAGUUGCGAUUAAAAAGAUUAACAAAAAACACGCAUAUUUGAUGGCACGCGAAAUACAUCACCAUAGACAACUACAACAUCCUCACAUUGUUUCUUUAUAUGAAAUAUUGUCUACUGAAACCAACAUUUUUAUUGUUUCUGAAUACUGCCAUCAUGGUGAUUUACUCAUGGCUUUGACCCGCCAUAGAAGGUUUUCCGAACAUCGCACAAAGAAAUGGUUUUUACAACUAUCGAAUGCUAUUAGUUUUUGUCAUUCCUUGGGAAUUAUACAUAGAGAUAUCAAGCUAGAAAACGUCCUUUUAGAUGAGAAUGACAAUGUAAAAAUAUGUGAUUUUGGUUUUGCACGUCAAAUAGAAAGGAAUCAAUUACUCGAGACAUUUUGUGGUAGCUUGGCUUAUUCAGCACCCGAAGUAAUUCAACGCCAGACUUAUUCUGGUCCAGCAACUGAUGUAUGGUCACUAGGCGUUAUUCUUUAUACACUCUUAGCAGGAGAAUUGCCCUUUGAUGAUGAUUGUGAAUCUGUCAUGCAACAAAAAGUGGUCAGUACAUCUUACAAAAUACCUUCCUUCUUUUCUUCAGAAGUGGCGGAUCUAGUACAAAAAAUAUUAAAAUUAAACCCUUUUGAACGUCUCACAAUCAAUCAAAUUACAACCCAUCCAUGGUUAGACAAUCCCUCUAUUUGUUUACAGCCAACAUCCGCUCAACUUAACCUUAUUUCACCUCAUCAUGAAAAACAGACAGCACAUUCUCUUAUAGACGCAGGUUUCGAGAGAUCGAUUGUGGAUGAAAUGCGACACUCAAAGUCCGGUAUGCUUGGUACGCUUUGGAAAAUGCUUUUAUCCAAAUCACGUAACAUGGCUUCCGAACUGUUACUACCUAACUCGCAUUGUGCAACCCAAACUGACCAAAAUGAAGGUUGGAUAAGUUCCUUUAAACACUGGUCCAUUUCUAAACCAAACGACAGUGACCAAAACAAUUCAGGAACUAUCCAACCCAACACAACAGAAAAGCAUUGGGACAUGUAUAGAAAGAAAAAAUGUGUUCCCAUUCAAGAAGAAGAAGAUCUUAACACAUCCACUUGCAGUUCGGUAACAGCGGAAGAUGAAUACGAUGACAAUAAUUCCACAGCAUCUUCACCUGCAACUUCUGUCGAUGAAGAAGAAAGCAAGGAAGAAUUAGCCGCGGUACAGAACAUGACAGCCUUUCAUAACAUAUCUCCCAUGCCGAGUCGAGCUGAUAUACUUUUGCCACGUUCAUUGUUUAAUAUUGAAGAACGUCAACAUAAGUUGCGUGAUAGAAUAAGCAACAAGGCCAUUUUGGAGGAAGAUGAAGAAGAGGAAGAGUGAUUGAUUAUACCCUCCAACAUUUUAUUCUAUGGAUAAGAGCAUUGUUCUCCUCUUAGUAAACGUUUUCCCGAUACAAUUGUGUCAUUUGGUGUACCUGUUGUGACCGCAGAAAGAAAGUUACAAUAAACUUUUUUGUUCUUGAGUUAUCAAAGCCUGUCGAUCUAUCUUUAAAUCCAUUCAUACAUUAAGAUAUAUAGCCCAUGGUCUUUUAAAUGCAUAUGAUCGUUAUUGCCCGGCUUUCUUUGAUCCAGGAGAGCAAGUGUCUUUGAUUAAGAUAUAUUUAUGUGGAUAAGUAACUUGCUUAUUUUUAUGACAGAGACAACAAGCAAACAUUCACUUCAAUAGUGAAAAAGACAACGGUCCAUAUAGAUUCCCGUCUUUUUUUUUUACACAUAUAGAUGAAGCAUAAAGUCUGUUUCUACAUGCCUAAAUACUCCAAAUGUCCACAGAUCAUGUCUACUAGGA